CCCUGUGGCCUCCCAUCCCAACUCGACAAAGAUUAGCUCAUUUAGAUGGCCAAAAGUCCGACUUUCAUUCGUAAAUGUUCUUAUGUUCUAAAUGACAUUUUUAAAGUUUCUCAUCUUCAUUUCAAAAUAACUUUUUUAAAGCUAUCCCAUAAUGCUCGAGUGACGUGGUAAAGUUAGUGGAUCGCUAAACUUCCUGGAGACCCAGGAGGCGGAGGGAAAUAAAGAGAAAAAGCCAGACCACCUGACAAUCAUGAGAAAGAGAAAGUAGGGUACAGCUUUCGUUUACUAAUAGUACAUUGUCGUUAGUACCCGGACAGGACACAGGGAUCAGUGAGAUAAGCAGAGGACAAAGUCAGUUUUUUUUUGUUUGUUUUGUUUUUUUACAUUUUUUUUGUAAAUAACUAUUUGAUUAAGAAAAAAAAAGUUUUGUUUCUUAAAUCAACGUGGCUAUGUGCAUGUAGCUGUUUAUGACGGUGCGAGACUCCAGCGUCUGUGUUGUUGGCGGCAGCAGCAGUCACUCACUCACACACACACCCCACCACAGACAGGUCUACGACUCCAAAACAUAGGAUCGGGGAUGUAGUGCCCAGACUAGACGGUAUCACUUCAGAGGCCAUGAGGGUGCGCUGGUCACGGAAGCUGGGCUUGCUGGCUAAGACCUGCCUGCUGCUGUCUCUGUUGUGGGUGGCCUACCUCAUCCUGGAGAUGUCGACGUCGUCCUUUCAGGACUCGCAUGGGGAAGGAGCUGGGAGGAACCUGCUCGAGAGACAAUUCUCCAGCAAGACCCAGAGCAAAGAGCAGAUUGCCCAGCCUGUAUACCAGAAGCCCCCUCCCGACUCCAAUGCCCCUGGGGAGUGGGGCAAGGCCGCCCGGCUGCAGUUGGACCCGGAGCAGAAGAAGCAAGAGGAGGAGAGCAUCGAGAGAUAUGCCAUUAACAUCCACCUGAGCGACAAGAUCUCCUUGCAUCGGCACAUUGUGGACAGCCGGAUGGAUGAAUGUAGAUCCAAGGUGUUUGAUUACCGGAAACUGCCAACGACUUCUGUGAUCAUUUCCUUCUACAAUGAGGCCUGGUCCACUUUACUGAGAACCAUACACAGCGUCCUGGAGACCACCCCUGCUGUACUGUUGAAAGAAAUCAUUCUAGUAGAUGACUUUAGCGAUAGAGUCUACCUGAAAUCUCAGCUUGAGGAGUACAUCAGUAAUCUAGACCGGGUUCGGCUCAUCAGGACCAAUAAGCGUGAAGGGCUGGUCAGAGGCCGUCUCAUCGGCGCCACCUAUUCAACUGGCGACGUGCUCACCUUCCUGGACUGUCACUGUGAGUGCGUGCCUGGGUGGAUUGAACCACUGCUAGAGAGAAUUGGAGAAAAUAAGACGGCUAUUGUGUGCCCUGUGAUUGACACCAUCGACUGGAAUACCUUUGAGUUUUACAUGCAGACAGAUGAGCCCAUGAUCGGUGGGUUUGACUGGCGGCUCACUUUUCAGUGGCACUCGGUGCCUGAGCAGGAGCGCCGCAGACGGAAAUCCAAAAUCGACCCCAUCAGGUCUCCGACGAUGGCAGGAGGCUUGUUUGCUGUAAGCAAGGAGUACUUUCAGUACCUUGGCACUUACGAUAUGGGAAUGGAGGUCUGGGGGGGUGAGAAUCUUGAGCUGUCAUUCAGGGUAUGGCAGUGCGGAGGAUCAUUGGAGAUCCAUCCCUGCUCCCAUGUAGGCCAUGUUUUUCCAAAGAAAGCCCCAUACGCCCGGCCUAACUUCCUCCAGAACACAGUGCGUGCAGCUGAGGUUUGGAUGGAUGAUUACAAACAACAUUUCUACAACCGAAACCCUCCAGCAAGUAAGGAAAAAUAUGGUGAUAUUUCAGAAAGGAAACUCAUCCGGGAGAGACUGAAGUGCCAGAGUUUUGAGUGGUAUUUGAAAAACAUAUAUCCUGAUCUGCAUGUUCCUGAGGAUCGGCAUGGCUGGCAUGGAGCAGUGCGAAGCGCUGGGAUUCACUCUGAGUGCCUGGAUUACAACGCUCCAGACCACAACCCCACAGGAGCACACCUGUCUCUGUUUGGAUGCCACGGGCAAGGAGGCAACCAGUACUUUGAGUACACAUCGAAAAAGGAAAUCCGUUUUAACUCUGUGACGGAGAUCUGUGCGGAGGUAGCAGACAGACAGAAAUACAUUGCAAUGAGGUAUUGUCCACGAGAUGGAACUGCAGUACCUGAGAGCAUCGUCUGGGAGUUCAGAAAUGAUGGGACUAUCUAUCACCCUCACUCCAACAUGUGCAUCACCUCCCACCACACUUCAGAGGGAAGGACAGGCGUUGAGAUGAGACUCUGCAACCCGGGGGACAGAAAUCAGAUCUGGAAUUUUGAGUAAAAGGAUAUUCUGCUGUGCCUGAGAGAAGUGCAGAUGUUGUGACAGACUAUUGACGACAAAUGAAAAUUAUAUCAGCAAACCAGCAACCAUAAAGCCCUUACAUUCCUACUGAAAGUUUUCUGUGAAAAUAUAUUUGUGCCAUCACCUUUGUGCCUGUGGUUUCUGCAGACUGCCUACCACCCUCUCCCAACACAGCUGGACAUAAGUUUGAACCCGUACACUGCCAGUGCAGUAACAAUGUUAAAGAAUAUUGCACGAAUGUUUCAUGGUUUUGAAUUGUGAAUACAGUUGGGUGUUUACUGUAAUUAAGUGGAGAGUGCCAAGUUAUUUGAGUCAAGUAAUAUAAUAUUGAGAGGCUUUACCCAGCAGACAGCACUUCUCCAUCAUAAUAGAUGGCAGUUGGCCACAAAAAAGUUCACACAGUGUAGUGUUUAUAGGACAGGAAUGCUUAAGUUCAAGGUUCAACCGUGUUAUGUGCCUACUGUGUCAUUGUAGAAUUCUAAUAACGCGUGGAAUGCAGACAAAGGCUUGCAAUGGGAUUUAAGAGGACAGUUAGUUUAAAUCUGUCAAAUGAAUGAGAAAACAAAGUAACCUUCACUUGUUUAUAUCACACUCUAGUUCAUGCCAAUGUAUUGUAUGAAGGCACCUUAGCACAAAAAGCAUCACACAUUUUGCAUGGUUUGUUCACAGUUAACACAAUUCAACAUAACUGCUCACUCACAGAUUUACACACAGAAAUUAAGGAAACAUUCAUUGCCAGGGCUUGAUUUAAAAAAAGUACAUUUGCAAGGCUUGAGAAAUUCAGUGGAAUUGAAUUACACGUCACUUUAAAAAUCAACAUGUUCCUGCCUUCUAUUCAAAGGUCCCCUAUUUCUGUUUUCAAUGCUGUUCUGACGUGAGAGGUCAAUAACUGGUGCUUGAGUCUUACAAACACUUUAAAUACUGUCGCCUGGCCUGCCUUCAGCUUCCUCAAAGAUGUACAGCAUAACCGCUCUGCUUUCAGUACACCUCUCCAGCCACAAACACACAGCCCCCAGAGCAGACUAACAAGCAAACCCAUGUGUUCGGUCAAUAUAUAGAGGAUACAGAGUGAAUGGUCAUGGAGGGCUGUUACCUUUUUCCAAUGAAUAAGUGAUGACUGAUAUCGACACACUCCUAAAGAGGACAAGGAGUGCAAUAACCACAGCCCUCCGUGAAUUCCCAUGGUGUAUUCUGUUAACAUAACAAAUGCAAUGUAUGGAAAAUAAAGUUUCUUUACAACUGAAUUAAACAGAUUCAUUCUG